GUGGGGCCUUGAAUUUCAAGUUCCACAGUAAUGGCGGUUUCGAGGAAUUGAAGUUCCGAUCACUGCAACGAUCAAAUGCUGAAGCUUUUGUCGUCUUCCUCGUCAUGCCUCCAGGGACGACUCCACAGUCUCCCCUCCUGGCCGUCCGCUGAGCUGGGGUCGCCGGUUCUCCGAGUUCUCGGCUCGCUCGCCGGAUUGACUCGCCCUAGCUCGGCUUGCCGAGCGUUUUAUAGUUCGGACUCCGGCGACGGUUCUGACCAAGUGGUGGAAGUUGAGUUCAUGGUGGCGGGGACCGAGGCCGAGUCUUCCUCAGCCAUUGUGUCCACGAAUCCCCGGCCCGAAGAUUAUCUUACGGUUAUAGCUUUGCCAUUGCCGCAUAGACCGCUGUUUCCGGGGUUUUACAUGCCAAUUAAUGUGAAGGAUCCUAAACUGUUGGCAGCAUUGCAAGAAAGCCGAAAGCGGCAAGCUCCAUAUGCCGGCGCUUUCCUUCUCAAGGAUAAGCCGGGGACCGAUCCCAGUUUGGUAUCAGGUUCCGAGACAGAUAAAAACAUACAUGAAUUGAAAGGGAAGGAGUUGUUUAAUCGACUACAUGAAGUUGGCACACUUGCGCAGAUUUCAAGCAUCCAAGGAGACCAAGUGGUCCUUAUUGGUCAUAGGCGACUUCGAAUUACAGAGAUGGUUGAUGAAGAACCCCUGACUGUAAAAGUUGACCAUCUGAAGGAUAAACCAUAUAACAAGGAUGAUGAUGUCAUAAAAGCAACAUCGUUUGAGGUUAUAUCAACCUUAAGAGAUGUUCUCAAGAUUAGUUCCCUUUGGAGAGAUCAUGUUCAGACAUACACUCAGCAUAUAGGUGACUUUAAUUUUCCAAGGUUAGCAGAUUUUGGAGCCGCAAUAUCUGGUGCAAACAAAUUGCAAAGUCAAGAAGUGCUUGAAGAGCUAGAUGUGUAUGAACGUUUAAAGCUCACUUUAGAACUAGUAAAGAAAGAGAUAGAAAUCAGCAAGAUUCAGGAGUCUAUUGCAAAAGCAAUUGAAGAGAAGAUAAGUGGUGAACAGCGCCGCUACUUGUUGAAUGAGCAGCUUAAAGCCAUUAAAAAGGAACUGGGUUUAGAGACAGAUGACAAAACAGCGCUUAACGAUAAGUUUAGGGAGAGGCUUGAACCAAACAGGGAAAACUGCCCACCUCAUGUUUUGCAAGUUAUAGAGGAAGAGCUUACAAAACUGCAGUUAUUGGAGGCCAGUUCAAGUGAAUUUAAUGUGACACGUAAUUACCUAGAUUGGUUGACUUCAAUUCCCUGGGGAAACUACAGUGAUGAAAACUUUGAUGUUAUUCGGGCGCAAAAAAUUCUUGAUGAAGAUCAUUAUGGAUUAACUGAUGUAAAGGAAAGGAUAUUAGAAUUUAUUGCCGUUGGAAAACUCAGAGGAACCUCUCAAGGAAAAAUCAUCUGUUUCUCUGGCCCACCUGGAGUGGGCAAAACCAGCAUUGGUCGUUCAAUUGCACGUGCCCUGAACCGUAACUUCUUCCGGUUUUCUGUGGGAGGGUUAUCUGAUGUUGCUGAAAUUAAGGGGCAUCGGCGAACCUACAUUGGUGCUAUGCCAGGAAAGAUGGUGCAAUGCCUUAAAAAUGUGGGAACAGCUAACCCUUUAGUUCUGAUUGAUGAGAUCGACAAGUUGGGAACGGGCCAUGCCGGUGAUCCGGCAAGUGCUUUGUUGGAGCUUCUUGAUCCGGAGCAAAAUGCUAAUUUUCUAGACCAUUAUCUUGAUGUUCCAAUCGAUCUAUCAAAGGUUCUGUUUGUAUGUACAGCCAAUGUUGUAGAGAUGAUACCACAUCCACUCUUGGAUAGAAUGGAGGUCAUUUCCAUUGCUGGAUAUAUCACUGAUGAGAAAAUGCACAUUGCUAGAGACUAUUUGGAGAAGACCGUACGUGACGCAUGUGGCAUUCAACCUGAACAGGUUGAAGUGACAGAUGCAGCUCUUCUUGCCCUCAUUGAAAAUUAUUGCCGAGAAGCAGGUGUUAGGAAUCUUCAAAAGCACAUAGAAAAGAUCUACCGCAAGAUAGCUCUCCAAAUUGUUAGACAAGGAGCAUCAGAUGAACCAGUAGUUGCUGAUCAAAUUCAAUCUCCCCCAGAUGGGCCUGCAGUUGUUGAAGUUCAGCUUGUGGACACUGAUGAAACCCAAGCACAAGCUGUUGAUAACCUAGAUCAAAGCGUGGUUGCUAGUAAGAACCAGACUGCAGCUGAAUCAGUUGAGGGUAACGGUCAUAAGCAUAUUCCUGAAACCUCUGGAGAAGGAGUCACGAUUCAGACGGAUCUCCCAGAUGAAUCUACAGUUGCAGAAGUUCGGGUUGCAAAUGCUGAUGAACCUGUGGAUUCAAAGCUGUUCUUACAGGAUGCAAAAGAAACAGAGAAAAUUCAGGAGGGUGAAACAACAAAAACAGUUGAGAAAGUUUUGGUUGACUCAUCAAACUUGGAUCAUUUUGUUGGCAAACCUGUCUUCCAUGCUGAACGAAUCUAUGAUCAGACCCCGGUUGGAGUUGUUAUGGGUCUUGCUUGGACUGCCAUGGGUGGUUCUACGUUGUAUAUAGAGACCACUCAGAUUGAGGAAGCAGAGGAUAAAGGAUCCCUUCAUGUCACUGGCCAACUUGGUGAUGUUAUGAAAGAAAGUACCCAAAUUGCACAUACUGUUGCCAGAGCUAUAUUGCUCGAUAAAGAGCCUGAUAGCACGUUCUUUGCAAAUUCCAAGCUUCAUCUCCAUGUUCCUGCUGGGGCCACACCAAAGGAUGGUCCUAGUGCUGGUUGCACCAUGAUCACAUCCAUGCUGUCCGUUGCCAUGAAGAAGCCUAUCAGGAGGGAUUUAGCAAUGACAGGAGAAGUAACACUAACUGGGAGGAUCCUUCCAAUAGGCGGGGUAAAGGAGAAAACGAUAGCUGCAAGGAGGAGCGAAGUGAAGACCAUCAUAUUCCCUGCAGCAAACAGGAGGGAUUUCGACGAGCUUGCCCCUAAUGUAAAAGAAGGUCUUGAUGUUCACUUUGUAGAUGACUACAGUCAGAUAUUCAAUUUGGCUUUCAGGUGAUGACCAGAAUUAGGAAAAAAAUAAUCCGUUCUUCCUCACUAAUUAAAUUGGAUGCUUUUUUUUGUAGUCCUUGAGACUAGUGGUAAGCUUUUGUCCUCCACUAGUCUUUGCUUCUCUUCUGCUUUGUUUGUAGUUUCUCACUAUUUGUUCUCCGUUUUCUCUUCAAUUUCGCAACGAUUAUACUGAAAUCCUUCACUUCAAUUGUUUGACACAAAUUCAAAACUA